AUGAAAGCAACACAUUAUCACGUUACCCCGUUAAUCUACUUUGUCUACGUCUUCACAUUUGUUUUGUCUCUGGUGGGUAACUCGGUCAUCAUUCACAUCAUACGAAAAGAUCGCACCAUGAGAACCACCACAAAUUGGUUAAUACUCAGCCAAGCGUGCGUCGAUCUCUACUUAACAAUGAUAAAUUUAUUGCACGUUUUUGUCCCCUUUUAUGAUUUUAAGACGCUAACUCAUCUUUGGAUUGGUGGGGUCUUUGGACAAAUCACAUGCAAGUCCUAUUUGGCAAGUGUGGUUAUUUCACCGGUCUUUACAGGGUGGAUCCUGGUACCUAUAGCUGUCGAACGCUUCUACGCAGUCAUAAGACCUUUCAAAUCAUCGCCAAUUUCUCAGCACUUGAAGAAAACUAUCAUGUCAGUGUACACUUGGUCUGUCGCUUGUUCAGUAAACGUCAUGGUGAAUGGAGUCGUCGUGGAAAUCGACAAAUACCAUUACUGUGGUUUGCCAUCUGGAUUGACACGUAUUGACAUAAUUUUGAGCACUUUCAACAUCUCCGUUAUUCUGCUCAUCAUAAUGGUCCUCUACACGGUCGUCUGCCAUAAACUUUGGUCGCGUGGAGUCCCAAUAGAGGGUAUCAAUCAAAAUCAAAGACACGUUGAAUCAAACAAGAAAACAGCAAAAAAAGUAACUUCGAUGAUGAUUACUGUUGUUGUCUUAUACAUACUCUGUUGGUUUCCACUUGGUGUAUUGCUGAUUCUGAAUUACCAUGGUAUUGUACACAUAAGUUUAAACGUAUAUUUCUUCGUUACAUGGUUAACGGUUGCGUUCAGUGGUACUAAUCCUUACGUUUAUUUUGCCUUUGCUCAAACGUUCAGGCAGGCGUUUAAAAGGAAGUUUGAUAAUUUCUAUAGAAAAUGCAAGAUUGACAGUGUUCUUCAUUGCUCUAACGUUCGGUCCGAAAGGGUCGACUUAGAGUCGAUCGAAAGGCGUAAUUAAGGCAUUUCAUCCUCAGAGUAACUGGCCGCUCUGCUGCAAGAAACGAUCCCUUGG